AUGGGCAGCGAAAUCGAAGAGCUCAAGCAGUUGGUUCAGCAGCUUCAAAAAGAGGUUUCCCUGGUGAAGUCCGAGGUUAAUCGACCAAUAGCUCAGGAGGACGUCAGGAAGCUCCAGUACACCUACGGCUACUAUCUUGACAAAUGCCUGUACCGGGAGGUCGCUGACCUCUUCGCCGACCAUCCCGACACUUGCGUAGAGUUCCUCGGUGGCCGCUACAAUGGCAAGGAGGGCGUGGAGCGGCUGUACAUCGGCCGCUUUUCGAAAGCCUUCGUGAACGGCCGCAAUGGACCAGUGCACGGCUUCCUCCUCGACCAUCCUCAGAUUCAGGGCAUCGUAGACAUUACUCCCGACGGCACCCGCGCCAAAGGCCGCUUCCGUAGCAUGAUGUCCGCCGGCACGCACGAGAGCAUCAAGGACACGCACCCCCGUGGGCUAGUGCAAUGGUGGGAAGGAGGGGUAUACGAGAACGAGUACAUCAAACAAGAUGGUAUAUGGAAGAUCUUCAGGCUGAGGUACUUCCCGUUCUGGCACGGCACAUUCGAGAAGGGCUGGUCGCAUACCAAGCCGAACUACGUGCCUUUUAUGUCGAAGACAUAUCCCGAAGACCCUGCAGGGCCGAAUGAGCUGUGCGAGAACCCCAUGCUCUGGCCAGACACUCGCGUCGUCCCUUUCCACUACGCACAUCCCAUAACCGGGAAGCAGGUGGCAGAAGACGAUCUGAGGGCGCCUCCAUACGGCGAAGAUCCAAAAUCGAGUACGCCGGCUUUAGUCUUGAGCACGCCAAAGUCCGAGCAGUAG